AUGAUACGUCGAUUUCGAUUUCUUGAUAUGGUAUUACAUUUACAUCAAAACAAAUUCGAACAUCCAAGAGAACAAUUGAUCAUAUUGGUCCAUUGGACUUUUUUAAGUAGAGAUUUCAUAAUUUUGAAGGACAAUGAAUAUAAUGAAAUAAUGGAUGGGAUAAAAAGUGGAAAAAAGUCAGUCGAUAUUAGUCAAUUUCGACAUAGUUUGAUCACAUACGAAUUUAGAAAAAUUAUGGAUUGGAAAAAAAGUGAAAAGAAUUCAAUAGAUGUUGAUUAUUUUCGAGAGAAUUUAAUUAUACAUGUUGAACAAUUUUUUGAUAAUGAAAAUUUUAUUAUUCAAUUCAAGACAGAUGAAAAUAAUCAAUUAGUUUUGGAAAUACAAGUAAAUGAUUAUAUUAAUGAAAAAGAUGGAUCUUUAAAAGAUAUUGAUGAUUUUAUAACAGAUGUAGGAAAUGAAAUUUAUGAACUUACACGACGAAAAAGACAGAUGGAUGGAGAAAAGUUCGAACAAGAAUAA